AUGCCCGGCGGAAAGCGUGGCGCUGGCUGCGCUGGCCUAGUGGACCGCGCUCGGCGUUGGCAGGCUCGACGCGUCCUCAUUCUCGCUGACGGCGACCCUGUCGACAGCAUCCCGGCCGCCGAGGAGGAGGUCGCCGCCCUCACCGAGGCGUGGCGCUCGCUUGGGCUCUUUGUGGAGCGCGUCGAUUGGCAGUCGGGCCCGGCCUCGGCGCUGCUCCACCGCGCGCGAGCCGUGUUGCCGCUGCUGGCGUGGACGUACAGCGAGACGCCCGCUCACACGGCUAACUUCUGCGAGCUGCUCCGUUCGCUCGCCGACGGCGGCGCGGGGCCGCGGCUAGACCUGCGUGCGACGGCGUGGCACGCGCACAAGAAGUAUCUGCUCGAGAUGGCGGAGCGUGGCCUCGGAACGGUGCCCACCGCACUCCUCGCCAAAGGCGCGGCCGGGGCGGAGCUGCGCUCGGCUGUCCGGCGGCUGGACGCCGGGCGUAGCGCGGGCGAGGAGGGGCGUCGCUCUUACGUCUUCAAGCCCGCCGUUGGGAGCGGCGGCGACGGCGUCGACCUGUACACACUCGGCGAGGAGGGCGGCGAGGCAGCCGUGCUCUCGCGCGCCAGGGAGGGCGACCUGCUGCUGCAGCCGUUUCUGGGCGGCGUGAGGCGGCACGGCGAGCUCUGCUUCGUCUUCGUCAACGGCUCUCUGCUGCACGCAGUGCGCAAGGAGCCGGCGGGCUGGAGCGCGCGCGGUGUACAGCGCGUGUCUCGCGUCGACUCUCCGCCCGCAGAGGCGCUCGCGACCGCGCUGCGGGCCAUGGGCGAGGCGCGCGCGGCUUGCGCGGCGAGGCCAGGCGAGCAGAUCUACCUGGCGCGUGUCGACCUCCUGCCCGACACAGCGGGCGGCGGGGGAGGAGAGGCAGCUGGAGAGGCAGCUGGAGGCGCGACGGGGCAGCCUCGCUGGCUUGUGAGCGAGCUCGAGCUCGGCUGGCCCCACCUCUUCCUGCGAGCCGCAGAGGGAGGCGCGGCGGCCGCGACGAAGGCGGUCGCCGCCGGUUUGCUGCGGCACCUCGAGCGCAGGGAAGCGGACGCCGCCGGCUGA